UUUUGGGUGGCUCACAACCCAAGGCUAGUAAGCGAAAAUGUCGGAUGCUUCAGAAAGUGUUCUUGUAGAAACAAGAUACUCUGCCUGGAAAAAUGGAGCAAGGAAUGUGUUUGAGGACCAUGACACCAGAAACCAAAUGAAAAAAUCAAAUAAAUUAAACAAAGGAAACUUAGACAGUGUCGCAAACCAAAGUAGCCAUGGCUUGAGAAGAACACACAGUUGCCCUCUUUUCUUGUUGUUGAAACAGGAUGCUUUGGAAGGGAAAAAGGUUCGUCUGGGUCGAGGUGCCUUGGAAUAUUUGCGACAUAGACAAGAAAGGAGUUUAAGCAGGAGUUUUUCACAGAGCGACUUGGCCACCAUCAAAGAAGUCGAAGAAGAAUUGGACGAGGCACUGACAAGUGACUCUGCUUCACGAGUGUUCUCAGACAGUCAGAAGAACAGCUGGUGCCAUCAGUCCAAGUUGUCAGAAGCUUUGCAUCUUACAGGUGAGAGUAGAAAGGAACUGGUGGAGAACGCAACCAAAAUGAAUAGUACUGGCUCAUCACGUGUUUCUCGAAGAACUUUGGAAAAGUUGGCCGAGGACUAUUCAAAGCGAAAGAUUGUUGAUGUUCGCUCACAGUUACCUCCUCUACCUCGUAUUCGCAACUCAUCAUCGUAUGAACAGGGCCGUGGUAUUUUAGAACAGUCAAGAAAUAGGGCUUAUGAACUAUCUUCAGGAAACAAUAUAUCUGCAGUCCAAACACAAGAGAAUAAUGUUAGUUCGUAUCAUACAUCAUCUGCCUCUGUGGAACCUGACUAUUAUUCCAUGUAUCAUGGGGUAUUUGUUGCAAAACCAACCUGUUAUUCAAAUAGUGAUAGAAGCGGAACAAAUGUUUCUGUUUCUGCUGAAAGUGAAAAUCUAAACAGAAAUGUCUCUAAUCAGGUCGAAUCAGUCUCAGAGAAAGAUUCGUCUUCAAUGGUUGAGAGCGAAAAUGUUGGAGUAGCAACCGAGAAGUUCCAACAUCUUGGUUCGGAUUUUUUAUCAGUACAAGGCAAGUUAAAUGUGGGAAGGACACUAUGGGAACCUCCUCUUGUAUGGAAGGUCCCAGAGCAACACCUGUGGACAGGUCAUGAUGUAAGGACUAACGAUUAUGGAGGUUGGUGGACUGAAAGAUGGGGUUGUAGUUUAGACAAAACCUAUCGUUUUGGAGAUAAAUAUGGAGUGGAUGAUGAUGGUUCUGCGUGGGCUGAGUGGUGGUUGGAACGGGAUCUGGAUAUAAAAGAGGGAGAAGCUACUUUGUUUGUGAAAAAGGGAAGGCGAUGGGGUUACAAUCAAAAGAAUGAGAGUUGGAUGGAAACUUGGCGCAUGACAGCCAAUGGCACAUACUAUACGGAGUUCCAAAUGCUUCCACCGAGUCAAUUUUUGGAUUUGUGAGAGAUGUGACAUGCAUUGAGGGUUUUGUGUCUGUACGUUUACAAGAGUAAUAAUAUUAUUAUCUUCCAAAUAAAUGGUUAACUUGAAUGCUGGUGGGAAUAUUCUCAAUUUAUGUCAUUCCAGUUGCCUGACUGAACAAAGGCAAGGUUUUUGUCUUCCCUUUCUUCUUUCUCAUUUGAAACGACAUCAUUCAGCGGUUUCACUGUAGAAACCAAAGCUUGUCUAGCUUGUUUGCUACUUGACUUUUUAGAAGCUUCAACAGAAGCAGCACUUGCAAUUGAAUCUAUAGUCAUAGCAGUAAUUUUAGCUAGUGAAGGUGACGAACUAACAAGGGCGACUCAUAUGUCUACUUUUUGAAUCGUUUGGACAACCAAGUUGAAAGUGUUCAACGUAUAUUUGAGCUACACUUAACCCGUCCUUAUUAUCUCGUUCUAGUGAACUGAGAGCCGUGUCUUCUUUGGUUGUCAUUACAGGAAGCCCUUCGUUGUGCAAAACCAAACCAGUAUAGGCACAAAUUACCUCCGAAGCGUGGAUAUUUACCAUAGUGAGACAAUUUAUGUCUGCAAACUUGAGUUACUGAGCUUUGAAGAAGUCGGAAUAAAACGAUAGGAAUAGAAUGAGAGAUAGUUGAGUGUUUGAAUAUAUAUCUUCAUGAGGUUCCCAAAUCUUUAUAAAUUUCAAUAUGUUAAU